CUGAUAGAGAGUUCGGUGAUCUGUUAAUAACGCCUGGCAGCAUGGCGAACCUCACGGACGCGACAUCACUGAAGCAAUUUGAGGAAUUAUUAAAAAAUAACAGCAAGUCCCUCACCGUUGUCCAUUUCCAUGCGCCAUGGGCUCCGCAGUGUUCACAGAUGAACGAUGUGAUGGCAGAAUUAGCCAAAGAGCACAAACACACCAUGUUUGUGAAGCUGGAGGCUGAGGCAGUCCCGGAGGUUUCUGAGAAGUACGAGAUCACUUCAGUUCCCACCUUCCUCUUCUUCAAGGGCGGUGAGAAGAUUGACAGGUUGGAUGGUGCGCAUGCCCCUGAGCUGACCAAUAAGGUGCAGCGGCUGGGGUCCAGUGGGGGCGGGGCUGCAGGGGUGGGGGACGUCCCUAAAGAGGAUCUCAACGAGAGACUGAAGAGGCUGAUCAACGCCGCACCCUGCAUGCUCUUCAUGAAGGGAUCGCCCCAGGAGCCUCGCUGUGGCUUUAGUCGUCAGAUUAUUCAAAUUUUGAAGGACCACAAUGUACAGUACAGCACUUUUGACAUCCUCUCGGACGAAGAGGUCAGACAGGGUCUCAAGGUCUUCUCCAACUGGCCCACUUAUCCACAAGUCUACGUUAAGGGAGAUCUCAUCGGGGGACUGGACAUCAUGAAGGAGCUGGUCGAGUCUGGUGAACUAGAGAAUACUUUCCCCAAGACCGUCUCGCUGGAAAACAGGCUGAAAUCUCUAAUCAAUAAAUCACCCGUCAUGCUCUUCAUGAAAGGCAAUAAAGAGACUGCCAAGUGUGGAUUCAGCCGUCAGAUACUUGAAAUAAUGAACAGCACCGGUGUUGAAUAUAAUACAUUUGACAUAUUGGAAGAUGAAGAGGUUAGACAAGGACUCAAGACGUUCUCCAACUGGCCGACAUUCCCACAGCUGUACGUUAAAGGGGAUCUCAUCGGAGGAUUGGACAUAGUCAAGGAGCUGAAAGAGAGCGGUGAGCUGGUGUCUGUCUUGAAAGGAGAAAACUGAACUAUUCCAGCUUUGAAGAACACCUGUAACCUGCACAUCUAACCUCAGGACUGGAGAACUCGCAUUAGACUUAUUCCAUCCAAGUUUGAAACUUUGCUGUAAUAAAUCCAAAAAAUCCAAUUGUGUUCCCAUUGGUUUUGGUUGCACUGAAAUAUUUUAGACCUUGUGCACACCUGGUGUUUAUAUCCAUCUCUGGUGAUCUGAUUACAAGUGGUCAGUCGACACCGCCUGGUUUUGACUUGUCUUAAAUGUUAAAUGUCUCCUGUGACCAAGUUAAGCCAGAGAAUGUCCCUUCCCUUGCAACCAUUUUCAAUAAAAAUGGCAUUGGUCAUGAUCCAAGUCCUAGACAUGUCUGUGUAUGGGAAUAUUCUUUCAAAUUUGCUAGUUAUUUACUAUUUAAAUGCAGUGAUUACGUGUUAGUCCUUUGCUAUUUUCUGGGAUGCCGCAGUGUGCAUUCCCAUUAAUAUCAAUCCUGUUUUUCUUUAAUGUCUCAGUCAAUGAUUUGGCAUGUAAAACCAUCUUGUGUGAAUCGGUGCCCUAAUUAAAGAGCUCAACGGA